UGAAUCUCCGUCGAAUAUCCUUUUUGCCGUCUUUCACAUUAUUACGAGCACAGUAUAGUAUACCCUCCUCGAAAUAUGGGUAGUAGUAUCCCGUCAGAUACUGUCUGGCUUCGUUCCUCCGACUUGCGGAGUAUAUGACCGAACUGAAUGACGCCCAUGCCUGCCAGAAGUGGACAAGACUGUCGUGCAUUCAAGUCCACACCCUUUUCACCAGCUUUCCCCACUCGCUCAACCGCAAACCGGUCAGUGACGGAAUGCUUUACUAUACUCCGUACUCAAUUUCAUCUUCGAAUAUUAAUCAUUUUAGGAAUCUUCAGGUCAAGCCACAACCUAGGACAUCGACCCUCAUCACGAGAUGCGACUGCUCUGUACCAACCAUCGCCACAUCAUCCAUGUCCAUUCUAAUGACUACUCUCCAGAAUCAUCCAAUAUGCUUCAAGGUCUCCGUAACCCUUUCUUUCUUUAUAUCUAGUCACGCGUUAUAUUAAGAUCAACGCACAAUGCACGCUGUAGUUUGUCUGUGUCUCGAGUCAAAGUU